CGACGCAUACUUUGUCCGAAUCCUGAUCGAGAUCGGUCGAUUCCUCUUGAUCAGCGCAAAGACGUACGUCGCAAUGCCGCUAAACUAUUCCAAAUGGGAUCAACUCGAGCUCUCUGAUGAUUCCGAUAUCGAAGGCCAUCCGAACGUCGACAAGCGUUCUCUCAUCAGAUGGAAACAACGGGAUAUUCACGAGAAGCGCGAGGCCCGCAAAACCAAGAUCUCAGCCCUCCACGCCGAGAUCGCAUGCAAUGGCGUCCUCUCUCCACGUCUGCACAGAAUUCGCGCUACACUAGGCAGCGCAGACGGCGGGUUAAUAUACUUCCAACAGUUGGUAGAGAGAUUACAAACGCAGCCAUCUCCAGAGGCGCCGCCGACGAACGCCAAAGAUCAACCAACUUACGACGCGAUGGUGUUAUCUCUGCUCCUGCAGGUUUGGGAUGGCGCCAAGAGCCUCCCUGCAGAUGAGCGGGAGGCUGCUGUACUCAGCGGUCUCGAUGCGCACAUCAAGCAGCUCGCACAUCACACACAGAAGCUGGGGAAGGAUCUUGUUGACGAGGAAAAUGAACAGAAGAAGCACAUAACGAGUGAGGAUAUCCACGAAGGCUUCGAUAGCAAGUACACUCCCGCUAAACCACCGCCUCCACCCGUAAAGAAUGCUAAAAUCGACGCGCCGACAAAGACCAAGGCGACCAAAACCACCGAGUUCGAGGUGCUGAAUCCUACUGCCUCGAAUUCUAAUGCGCCAUUGUCGUCGGUUACUCCGAAUCAUUCUCCAGACUCGGUUGAGGAAGAUGAGUUAGAGGAGGAGCUUCCAGAACUUACGCCUUCUCUCGAACAAUUCUCUCAAUUAUCGUUAUGGGAGUACACCCAAUCUUUCAACUUCAUUCAAGCAAAUCGCGACGUCGUCGUUCCCGGUGCAUCUGACGCGUUACUUGUGGCGGCUUUCCGUGCAGAGUCGAAGGGCCAGUUCGGAUACGCAAAGAAGUGCGUGCACCAAAGCUUACUCCUGCAGUACUGCGAUAAGCUAGGUAAAGAUGGCGUCCGACUAUUUUUCCAGAAGAUGAUCUCAGGCGACCAGCGCGCCAUCUCCGUCUUCGUCAAUGAUGUUGAAGGCACAUAUUCUCACCUUAAGACGCGUGCAAAAGCAGCAGCAACAGAGACUUCUGACGUGCAGAAGGAGCAGAUACAACUUGUGCCCGAGAAUCCUUCUGCCACUAUCUCGUUCAACGUACCUGAUGGUCCUCCGCCUGAGGACUUGCGCCUCGAGGGUCCAGGGACGGAGGACCUGGACCUUGAACAAGUUCGCGAAGCAUUGCACAUGCGAUGGGAUGUCUUCCAGAGCUUCACCGAGGACCUCAAGGCUGCGCUCAAAGUUGGGACACUGGAAGAGGUCAACAGAGUGCUUGGCAGUAUGGAAGUUAGCGUUGCGGAAGACGUAGUGGCAAAGCUUGAUGCGGCUGGUAUCAUGAGCUUCGUGUCGGGAGGUAUCAGGGAUGAGACUGGAGAUGAGGACAAGGAAGAAGUCGAAGAGAAUGCCGAAUAACUUAAUCCAAGGAGUAUGUGUUUCUAUGUCAAGACGCGUGCAUAUUGCUGUAUUGUAUAAUUGCUUUCGAACGAAGAGUCCGAUGUAUAUUGUACAUCAAUGUCAUCUUGCUGACUUGCUUGUCCCGAUUCUUUGGUA